AUUUUCAGCACUGUCGAAGUUCGACUCGACCUUAAAUCUUUAGGCGAAUCAAAAUUAUUAAUUCUGCAAUUAUUGAAGACUAAAGUACUACAAAUAAUAGUAAAAAAUGCUCAUCAAAGAAUUCCGCGUUGUUCUGCCACUGACUGUUGAAGAAUAUCAAGUGGCGCAACUUUACUCCGUUGCUGAAGUAUCGAAAAAUGAAACAGGGGGUGGAGAAGGUAUUGAGGUUCUCAAGAAUGAACCAUUUGACAAUUUCCCUUUAUUGGGUGGAAAGUAUUCAUCUGGUCAGUAUACAUACAAAAUCUACCAUUUGGCUUCAAAAGUACCAGCAAUGAUCCGUCUCGUGGCACCAAAAGGCUCGUUAGAAAUUCACGAGGAAGCAUGGAAUGCUUACCCUUACUGCCGGACAGUCAUUACGAAUCCCAAGUGGAUGAAGGAGAAAUUUACGUUAAUUAUAGAGACACUUCAUGCAAAUGACAUGGGUGAUCAAGAAAAUGUUCAUGAGUUAACUGGCGAGAAGCUUAAAAUUCGUGAAGUCGUCCAAGUUGAUAUUGCCAAUGAUCACAUCGCUCAUGCGGAUUACCGUGAAAGUGAAGAUCCCACCAAAUUCAAAUCGCAAAAAACCGGCCGUGGACCACUCAUUGGACCAGACUGGAGAAAAAAAGUCAAUCCUGUUAUGACAUGCUAUAAGCUCGUAACAUGUGAAUUUAAAUGGUUCGGACUUCAAGGACGAGUAGAAAAUUUUAUUCAAAAGUCAGAGCGGCGACUUUUCACAACUUUCCAUCGACAAGUUUUCUGUUGGAUUGAUCAGUGGCAUGGCCUCACAAUGGAAGACAUUCGCGCGAUUGAAGAAAAGACCAAAGAAGAACUUGACAAGCAAAGGCAGUUGGGUGAAGUGCGAGGCAUGCGAGGCGACGAUGAUUAAAUUUCUUCAUUUAAAUGUUACUCGAAAAGUCAGAGAAAAGUGUGGGUGGGGAAAGGAGUACUAAAACAAGAUCCUAUUAUUUUUAUGAACACAAUUUUUAUAAUUAUUUUCUCUUUGAUUUAGUGUCUCUGAUUUCAAUUUAUUCUUAAUCUUUCUUUUUUCCUUAAUAAUUCCACGAAUUGAAUUAAAUUAUAAUGAAAAAGAAGAAAAAAAAAACACAGAAAAAGUGCAUUUAAUGGGUUUUUGUUGGUGUUUAUGUUCAAUGUUUUGUUUAUUAUUGUCAGAAUUUUUUCGCUUCUGCUUUAUUUUCUUUUUAAAAAUUUAUGUGAAGAAAUAAAUCCUAUGUGGGAUGAAAAUUCAUGUAACCAACGAAAGUUAUAAAAUUUAAAUGAACAGCAAUAUAAUUUUUAAUUUCAAAACUCAGUAAAUUUUUAACAGAAUUUCCUGUUUUCAUGUACAUUAAAACGAACAGCAUAAAGUUUUCUUUAUUGCUGUCCUUCAAAUACCUUUUUGCCUAUAGGAGAGAAUAAUUUAAUUAGUUUCAUAUGCUUCUUUAAUUUUGCAUACAUAAAGAGAAUUUUUCACAAGAGAAAGCAACAAGAAUUUCCAUCAAAUCAGUAUUUUUGCUUGUUACGAAUUUGUUCUCUUUCAAAUUUCAUUUCUGUCUUCGAUAUUUUCAUGACAUCAUUUUGAAGCGUUCAAUAAAUGAUUGUGAAAGAGGGAACGAUAAAUAAAUUAAUUAGAAAAUAUAGAUACAUAAAUGAAAUAGAUAUAUGAAGACAACAUAAAAAGAAUGAAAACUCGUAUAAAUGAUGAACAUGUUAUAUAGUAGAAAUGUUCAUUGAAAGAGAUCAAAAGCUCCAGCAAUUGUCCAGGAAAAAAGAAUUAAAUAAAAUAUUUAAAAAUGGUAUCUAAUAAUUUAAAUAGAAGAGAAAAGAGAUAACAUUGAACUAGAGGUGUUGAAUAGUUUGUAUUUUGUGCUCGAUUUGAGAGUUGCGUUGCUUAACUGUGAGCAGCGGUCAACAGCAGAAUUUUAUAAAUUCUCAAUUCCUAAUUAAACACUGCUCCAAAAUGAUCAGCAAUGGCAUAAAUUAUUAUGCGCACACACAAACACUCACUUAUAUGGUGAAUAGCUGAUGAUAGAUAACAACAAUUAGUUAAGGAAUCAAAUAUAUAUAUAUUAUAUAAAUAUAUAGCAUACAAGAGAAGAACAAACAAUUAGAUCAUUGCACAAUAUAUUAAGAGAAGAUUAAAUACUUUCGUGUUUAUUGGUUCAUCAUGUAAAAGAAAUUAAAAUUACCUAAUUGAAAGAAAAUGUCAGUGACAAAUUGUAAUUGCGUUGAAAUCUCUUUAAAAGAAAAUUAAGAAAUAUGUAUGUAGUUAUGAAGCAACCGGAAAUUGUUUCUUGUUCAACUUUACCUUCAUUGUGAAUAAAUUCAAUAAACAAUUAAAUGAACAUAAA